AUCUCAGGUAACAGUCUGUAAAAUCGAUUUCCGGUCAAAGUCAAAAUGUUGCCUCAAAUUACGAUGGAUGACGUGCUAAAAUCUGUUGGUUUUUGUGCAGUUUAUGUCCUUUUGAUGAGCCUUAGUUGCGUCCUGUGUGACAGUUCAGAACUGGAGGAAACAGAAUCCAUAGACAGAUUUAAGUUAGAAGGAAAAAUUGAUCUGUUUUCAGCUGGAAAAAACAAAGAUUGGGUUGUACAUGCACGCGUGUUUGUUGAUGGCGGGGACUACGUGGGAUUAUUAAAAAGUGACGGAUCUUUUGUUAUAAGUGGUUUACCAUCAGGAUCUUAUGUGGUAGAAGUCUCUCAUCCAGCAUUUAUAUUUGAUGCUGCCAGAGUAGAUAUAACAUCGAAAGGCAAGAUACGAGCAAGAAAAGUCAAUUAUUUACAGCCAAACCAAGUCAAAUCACAGACAUAUCCAUUGUUUAUACAGGAAAGACAGAAAACUAAAUAUUUCCAAGAUAGAGAACAGUGGAAAGUAACAGAUUUCUUAUUUAAUCCAAUGGUAUUAACAAUGGUAUUACCUCUAUUACUGAUUAUGGUAUUACCCAAGUUAAUGAAUGCAGCAGAUCCUGAGGCUCAACAGGAGAUGCAGAACCAGAUGAAAGCAUUAAAUGAUAAAUCUAAUUUACCCGACUUAUCAGAAAUGUUUGCUGGACUUUUUGGCGGAGGUUCAAAGAAACAAGGAAAGGCUAAGGCAGUAAAGAGGAGAUAAGUUCUCGUACCAUGUGAUCUUGACUUAACUAUAAAGAGGAAUCCACCUAAACACACUAUGGACCUGUCAAAGGGUCAAUCAUUUUCUUGCCACAACUGUGAGUGGUAUUGACUGUCUUUUGCAAGUUUUAUCUGGACUGUUAAUGGCAGUUAUUCUGUUAACCUACAGGUCUGCUUUUUGAAAAACUGUUAUGUAUUGAUUUACACAGCAUAGUCAUUAACAGCUCUUAAAAUGUUCAUAGUAUGUUAAUCACAUUUACUAACAGUCAAGGUAUAAGUUGCAAAAGGCAGUUGCCAUCAUUCCUAUGAACAGACACACUUGGUCAGAAAAUGACUGUACAACUAAAGCACUUAGUUAUUGUUUGGUCCAUAGUGAAAGUAUCUGACAUUCCUCAAGGUUCAAAAUGAUAGUCAUUUUAAAUUGUUAUAAAAUAUUGCUCAUGUAAAUAAAGGUACAGUGUAAAUAAGAUGUUUUAAAUUCCCUCAGAAUGAACUAAAUUAGAGUAUAAAUCAUUUUACUGUAUUCGUCAAAAUAACUUAAUAACUAUGUGCAAAUAAUUUGACAAUGUUAGUUGAUGAUUUUUCAACAUACAUGUAAUGAUGUAUAUAUAUCUGCAGUGAUAUUUUUUCCUAAUUUAUCCUCUUUUUUUGUUGGACAAUAUGACAAAUGUUUCUGACUUUUAACAAAGACAUUCUCAAUUACAUGUACCUGGUACAAAAAUAUAACUUUCAGUUCAAAUUAUGCUAAAUUGGAAUGCUAUGUUUUAAUUUUUGUUUUGAUAAAUUUAAUCUUUCCAUGUUUUCAAACAAAUUCAAAAUUAUUUUUGUUGCUCUUAAACAAUAGAUUCUCUCUAAGCAUAAUGUUUAUUAGAUUGUUUAUGUAAAAUUCAGAUGCAUAAAUGUUGAUAAUACUUCAUAGAUAUUAGUUAUAUAUAAAUUACACAUAGUGAGAGGGUGAUAGAGCAGAUUGUUACCCAGAGAAAACAUAGUCAACCGAGUCGAAAGAUUUAAAAACAGUAUUGACAGUUGUUUACCACCUCAAUUUUUAAAUUGUGUAUUGAAUUAUACCCACCAAAUCAGAUUAGCCUACUUGCCUGUACUUUGGGGGACAUGAUAUUAACAGUUGAAGAUAAGCAUUCUUAUCAUUUCAGCCAAGUUUAAUAUUUUGAAAUGAAUCUAAACAAGACUGAAAAUCUAUAUUGCAGUUUUCACCAUAUUGCAAGGCCAAUAUAUUUUCCCUCCACAGCUGUUUGUGCCAUGCUGUAUUCAUGGUAUUCAAAUUUUAAGAUUAAAUAUAAACAGCUAUUCUUAUUUUUUGUAUCAUGUUGUCAAGUUUCUGUUUCCUUGUAAUUGUUUCAAUUGUUUCAAUUUGUUGUCCUUGUUUUAUCCUGAUUUGAAGAUGCCAAUUAAUUUAGUGUACAUAUGUGAACAGUAUAGUAGUAGUUUGUUAAUUCAGUCAGACUGUUUAUCAUGUUAUGGUAACUACAAAACUUUCUAUACUGAUCCUUGGUGUCAGCAUGUUGUACAUGUUAUGGUAACUACAAAACUUUCUAUACUGAUCCUUGGUGUCAGCAUGUUGUACAUGUUAUGGUAACUACAAAACUUUCUAUACUGAUCCUUGGUGUCAGCAUGUUGUACAUGUUAUGGUAACUACAAAACUUUCUAUACUGAUCCUUGGUGUCAGCAUGUUGUACAUGUUAUGGUAACUAGAAAACUUUCUAUACUGAUCCUUGGUGUCAGCAUGUUGUACAUGUUAUGGUAACUAGAAAACUUUCUAUACUGAUCCUUGGUGUCAGCAUGUUGUAAAGACUCAGGAUUUUAACAUGUUCCAUCCACUAAUGGAAUGGAAGAAAAAAGUCAAAAUGUGCAAUACAUAUAACAAAUACAUCUGAUUAACAAUAAAAUAUUGCUCUAUAUAUUUAUUAAAUUUGGCACCACAUCCUUUCCAUCUGAAUUGCCUAACUGAAUAUUAACCUUUUAAAAUCGUUGAUACAUUUUAUUGUCAUUUAUGUGCAUAAUCUUUUUAUGUCAAAACCACCUUCAAGGGAGAUAACUGCACAAUAUAGCAUAUUUAUAUAUUUGUUGUACAUUUUUUUUAUAAAUUAAAAUAAAUGGAUAAAUGAAUUUUGUUAAUUUUCUAUUGAGUCAUUGGAGACACUUAAAGUAUUUUAUUUUUUAAAUAGGUUCAGUUGCUUAUACAUCAUAGUAUGUUUACUAGAGGUAUGGAAUAUCAAGAUAUCAUUUAUAACAUUACUGAUGGAAGGAUUGGAAUUUUUAUUUUUUUCAAAUGAUGUGUUUAACUGUGAUAUUAUAUCAAUUUUAUUUUAACCAGAAUAAAUUUUCUAUCUGUCUUCAUUGAUUUCACUUCAGAUUGAACUAAAUGAGUUCAACCUUAUUUUCAAAUAAUUUGAAUUUUCGGCUGAUGUACAUUGUAAAUUUUUAUUUCUUAAAAACAAAUGUUAAAAAUGGUGAAAUUUGUUAUUACAGAAAAUCUUUUAAUCUUUGCAGAUUUGUUGUGAAUUAACAGAAUGGUAUUCUUAUACGAUAAAGAAAAAUGUUAUAAUUAUUUGAUUUAAUGCUGUUUGCAAAACUUGCAUGCAUGAAUGUUAAAAAUAUACUCAGGUCGUGUGUUUUUUUUUUAUCAUAGUUCUUUACUUAUAUAACACUUGACAUGUGAUUUGAUUAAAGUUAUAUUGAACUGCAGACAAUAUGUGAAUGUUUGUUGAUUUUUAAGACAUGUAAAUUUGCUUGUCUGUUAUGUAUAUAAAGAAUUUAUCAUGCAUUUAUGUACAUUUGCAAAUGAGGUUAAUUUAAACAGUUUUAUACAUAGUAGAAUAAAGAUUUGACAAUUUCUGAACUUCUAAUACAAAACACAUUGCAGAAGUAAAAUCAAAGUAAAAUGUAUAUAAAAAACACAAUUUUAAUCAGUCAUAUUAUUGCCUAUAGUUUUAAAAGAGAGUUUACAGAUUUUUCCACCUCCUCGUUAUAUUGAGGAUUGUGUUUAUAUCUCCCAGUGUAGCUGUUUUAUACUUGUAUCCUGUACCUAUUGUUAUUAUUUAAUUAGAACAACUUAUUUGUACACAACUGUACAAUUACUAUGUGUAAAUUAUGACUUAUUAGUACACCACUGUACAAUUACUAUGUGUAAAUCAUGUCCUGUUUGUAAACUAAACUUUUGUAAUAAAAUUUAAACAGAGAGAAA